AUGAAACUGAAACUGAGACAGACCGAUGCUCACAGUACACUUGCCUUGAAAAUAUGUUUGGUAGAAGGAAAAAUCAAUUGGGCGGACUAUUGGAAAUCUCAAGCACGCAAAUACUGUGAUUUUUGUAAAUGUUGGAUUGCUGAUAAUAAACCUAGUAUAGAGUACCAUGAAAAUGGUAAAAAACAUAAAGAAAAUGUUAGUAAACGAUUGAGGGAAAUCCAUAAAAACAGUUCUAAGCAAGCCAAACAGCAGCUGAAAUUUGAGAAUGAGAUGGAAAAAAUGGAAAAGGCGGCGAUGGCUGCUUACCUCAAGGAUAUAGAGAGCAAUGACAAAGAUAUGACAGCUCAUAAUAUCAUAAAUAAUAAGAAAAACAAAAUCGAAGAUAAUAAAAAAAAGCAGCAAGUAGCUCAUAACUCAAAUCAUACACCUGCUGCAACGGAAGUUAAAUCAAGAUAUAAUGAAUCCAAAUAUUUUCAAACCUAUGGUGCAGCCGAUAUCGAUCCUUUCGAUCCAUAUGCUAAACAAAAACUAGCUCGAUUAGCAGCUUGCCAAGCAAAAGUCGAGAUACGUCGCAAAGAAAUAGAAAAAAAUAACGAUAAAUCUCAAGGCUCGAGUAAGUCUGAGAAAAAUAAGAAUAAAACGACAAAAAAUAAUGAAGAUGAGACUAAGCCACUAAUUAAAAGACUUUGGUACGAAGCAAAAGCACAAGGGCACUCAUAUUAUUGGAAUAUAGAAACAAAUGAAUCAGUGUGGGAUGCACCGGUAGAAGGAUUUGUCUCCUUAGCAGAACAAGCCGAGGAAGCUAAAGAACAAGAAAUUCAAGAAAAGUUCUUAGAUGAAUUAGAAAAGGAAAAGGAACAAGAAAGAACAGAAAUGUUGGAAGAACAGAGAGCGAAUGCCGAAAGGGAAAAGUUUAAAAAUAUUCGAAUGCAAAUUUCGAAAAAUGAUAAUGAAAAUAGUCAAAAUAUGGAGUCUGAAGAAGUACCUUAUAGGAGAGAUUAUAGUGUACCGUUGAAGCCACAACCAUACGGAUCCUGGGAAGUCGUUAGAAAAAUUGAAACUCCGAAAAUAGAUUUUCAACUACCUCAAGUUAAAGCACCCGUGGCGACUGUUAUAAAUUUUGAAGAACCAUCGUCACAAAAAAUUUUUAAGGAAAAAGCUAUAACUCAUCUUCGUAACAGUGACAGCGACGACGAUGGUCCUACACUUUCUUUCAAAAAAAGAAAAUUGGGAAACAAGAAUGUCCGAAAAAGAAUGAUCGAUAAUUAAUUAUAUUUCUAUAUAACGAUAAUUAGAAUUGUAAAUAAUUGCUAUAUCUA